AUAGAGGGCGCUAGGUGUAUAUAAACAUGUAAAGGAAGUGACAGACAUUCACUUUCUUAGUUAUUUUUCACUGUCCCUGAGUUGUGACAAGGGAAUUAAUAAUCAUGAGAACUUUUUUGAUAUCAUGUGUUUUGGUGGCGUCCGUAUCUGCAGCUUGUAUGCCAGGAGGAUAUUGCCCACUCGAUAAUGUUGAGGCUAACGCAGUUGUACAAGAAAUGGCCCAGUUUGCUCUCAAUGCAUAUGCAGCCAAAUCACACGACGUCUCGUCAUGUGAUGGAACCUUCACAGUUAAACAUGCUAGUACACAGGUAGUUGCAGGUAUUAACUACAAGUUGACUGUAGAAGCUACUUGUGGAGGACAGAAGACAUUGUGUCAGUUCACAGUGUUUGACCAGUCCUGGACCAGCACAAGAGAGCUGACCUCGGAUCACUGUUCUACCAGUCAUAAACGCUUAGCUCUGGUCGGGGGCCUAUCUCACGCCGAUACAAGCAGUCAGCAGUUCUUAGAUGCCAUGAAAUAUGCAGCAUCCCAAGUUGACAUGCAGAGCAACAGCAUGUACAAAACUACCCCUGUCCACUACAGCCACUGCUUCCAGCAGGUUGUAGCCGGUAUGAGAUACGUGUGUGAUAUCACCCUCACUGAGAACUCUUGUAUGAAGGGAGACACAAAAGAUUUGUCUCUGUGUGCAGUAAACAGCAAUGGAUUCUCCACCACAUGGCACGUGGAUAUUGUUUCCCAGCCUUGGAUGCCAAACAAGUACACAGUACAAACACUAACAAUGAAGGAAAACAUUGAGGUAGAGCCAGAAGACUUAAAAACCCUGAAGUUGAAAGCACUGAAAGAGAAACUUGGAUUAAAAUUGAAAUCUAAUUCUGCACAAAAGAUUAAUGAGGCAUUUGAUUGCAAAGGGAAAAUGUGCAAAUCUGGCAAAGCUCUUUUAAACUUAGGAUAUCAGCUUUAUAACUUGGGAAAAAAUAAAGUGAAAUCUGAUAGAAAAGUGAUGGAUCUCAAAAAACUGCUGGGUAAAGAUGGGCAUGAUAUGAAACUGCAUGGAAAACAAAGUUUAAUUGGUGGAGACGGACAUGAUUUAAAGCCACAUGGAAAACAAAAUUUGAUUGGUGGAGAUGGACAUGAUUUAAAGCCACAUGGAAAACAAAGUUUAAUUGGUGGAGACGGACAUGAUUUAAAGCCCCAUGGAAAGCAAAAUUUGAUUGGUGGAGAUGGACAUGAUUUAAAGCCCCAUGGAAAGCAAAAUUUGAUUGGUGGAGAUGGACAUGAUCUUAAGCCUCAUGGUAAUGUGAAUGUUCUGGAUGGAGGAGCUUUGUUACUAAAUGGAAGUCCCAUGUUAAAGGGCAGUGUUGGGGAUCUUUGCCAAUGGGGUGUGUUUCAAAACUUCCAAGCAAAAUAUGAGAGGCUCUACAUGUCUAAAGAAGAGGAGAAGAAGAGAUUUAAGAUAUUCUGUGAUAACUUGAAGAAAGCCCAGAAGAUGCAAGACAUUGAGAAAGGAACAGCAGUGUACGGAAUCACAAAAUUUUCAGACAUGUCUGAAUCUGAAUUUAAGCAGUAUGUUGGCAAACUUUGGGACCAGAAUGCUAAUAAAGGAAUGAAGAAGGCAACCAUUCCCAAAUUUAAGUCUCUGCCUAAAAGUUUUGACUGGCGUGAACAUGGCGCUGUGACAGAAGUUAAAAAUCAGGGAUCUUGUGGGUCCUGCUGGGCUUUCUCUACCACUGGGAACAUAGAAGGACAGUGGGCCAUUCAGAAGAAAAAACUCAUCUCUCUGUCUGAACAAGAGCUGGUGGACUGUGAUAAAGUAGAUGAGGGUUGUAAUGGUGGACUACCCAGCCAGGCCUACAAAGAAAUCAUCAGACUAGGAGGACUAGAGAGUGAGACAGACUAUAAAUAUAGAGCACACGAUGAGAAGUGCACCUUCAACAAAUCAAUGGUUCGAGUGAAAAUUAACGGCUCAGUGUCCAUCUCCAGCAAUGAAACAGAGAUGGCAGCAUGGUUGGUGAAGAAUGGACCCAUUUCUAUUGGAAUCAAUGCCUUUGCUAUGCAGUUUUACAUGGGAGGAAUAUCACAUCCCUGGAAAUUCUUCUGUAAUCCAACAAAACUAGACCAUGGAGUAUUGAUUGUUGGUUAUGGUGUUGAUGGAAGUAAGCCGUACUGGAUUGUUAAGAACAGCUGGGGGCCGGACUGGGGAGAAAAGGGUUACUAUUUGGUUUAUCGUGGAGCAGGGGUUUGUGGCCUGAACACCAUGUGCACCUCAGCCGUCGUCAACUAAAGAUCAAACAGCAUCAGCAUUUUCUAGUCUACGUUCUUAACUGUUGCAUAAUACUGGUACAUGUAUUUGAUAGAUCUCUAGGUGAUGCUGUGCCUUAAAGACUUAAUUUGUACAAAUUACAGCCUUUGUAUUGGAGAAAUUAAACAAAACUGCUAGCUGGUCAUAGCAAUAUAAUACAUGUGUUAAAUUAAUACUAUACUUGUAAAUAUUUUUAUUGUUAAUUCUUUCAAGAUUUUCAGUGUAUGUGAUGUUGUUAACAUUGGUUUAGUCUAUUUGUACAUAUACACGUUCAUCAGUGAUCUGUUAUGAUUUUUUUCUUUACAUCAUUUUAAUACAUGUAUUUUUUGUGUGAUCAUUGCAGAUAAUUAUUAUAUUUUUGAACUUUAAAUAGGAUGCAAAAUUUCUAUUGUUUUAAUUGUUCAAAUCUUAAAAUUGGUAGUUAUACAAUAGCUGUUUUAUUGGCAGUUACAUUAUACCCUGGUAAAUACAUUUCCGUUUUUCCAAGUUCUUUAAUAUUUGGCAAGGAACAUUACAUGUUUGUAUGAAAAUAUUGCCUUUUCCAGAACUUAACCAUUUUAUUUUUUUGUAAUAUAAACGUCCUUAUUCUUAAUGUACAUCAUUAAAAAUCUGACAAAUAUGUGCCACAUAACUUUAUUCUUUGUUGUUGUUUGUGAUAUUUUAUAUGAACAAAUUUAUAUGUGGAAUUUUCAUUUAUGCAGUUAAUUCAUAAUAAAUAUAGUAUUCACCUUUCAACAAA